CUUUUUAAAAAAAAAAUAGUUGAGAAAUCAAUCACACAGAUCUGUCUAUCUUACUCAACCAAAUUCGACAUUAUGCUUUAAAUUUUCCCAGAUUCUGACAAUUCCACUCUCUGGAUCCUUUUUUUGUAUAAGACGCGGAGGGAGCUUAAGAUGAAGAGUAGAGUCAUCCUCAGCCAUAGGGAGAGAAGAGAUAAUUACACACAGAUUGAGACAAUGGAGAGGAAACCCUUUGAGGUUGAGACAACGGAGGAUCACAAACCCUACUCUGCCGUUGAUGACAGUGAUUCUGAUUCAUCUGACGACAAGCAAGAAAAGCUCAUUUACAGAGGCUGGAAAGUAAUGCCAUAUAUCAUUGGUAAUGAGACAUUUGAGAAGAUUGGGAUCAUUGGGACAUUAUCAAACCUUCUUAUAUACUUAACUCAAGUAUUCAACCUUAAGAAAUACACAGCUGCAACUAUUAUCAAUGCCUUUAGUGGCACUAUCAACUUUGGCACUUUCCUCGCUGCUUUUCUCUGCGACACUUACUUUGGUCGUUACAAGACUCUCAGUGUUGCUGUCAUUGGUUGUUUUCUGGGAUCGUUUGUGAUACUACUAACCGCUGCAGUUCCAGGAUUGCAUCCAACUCCUUGUGGAACAAAAAGUUCAUGCCAAGAGCCAAAUGGUGGCCAGAUUUUGUUUCUAAUGUUUGGUUUAUUCCUUCUUGUGGUUGGUGCUGGUGGGAUCAGGCCGUGUAACUUGGCUUUUGGUUGUGAUCAGUUCAACCCUAAGUCAGAGUCUGGGAAGAAAGGAAUCGACAGUUUCUUUAACUGGUAUUUCUUCACAUUCACGUUUGCGCAGAUCAUCUCGCUCACGUUAGUUGUGUAUAUUCAGUCAAAUGUCAGCUGGGCCAUUGGUUUGAGUAUCCCUGUGGUUCUAAUGUUCUUGGCCUGUGUCAUUUACUUUGCUGGCCGUAAUCUCUAUGUAAAAGUGAAAGCUUCUGGUAGUCCCUUGGCUGGUAUUGCUCGUGUUGUGGCAGCAGCGUUCAAGAAACGAGGGUUGAAGCCAGUUAAGCAGCCUUGCUUUGAUCUUUACAAUCACAUUCCUCGUGACUAUGCUAAUUCUACUCUCAAAUACUCCGACCAGUUUAGAUUUCUAGACAAAGCAGCGGUGAUGACCCCUGAGGACAAGUUAAAACCCGAUGGAACGGCUUUGGAUCCAUGGAAUCUAUGUACGAUGCAGCAGGUGGAAGAAGUGAAAUGCAUUGUGAGAGUGAUUCCAAUUUGGUUUGCUUGUGCGGUUUACUACCUUGCAAUAACUUUGCAAAUGACUUAUCCUGUCUUCCAAGCGCUCCAGAGCGACCGUAGAUUAGGUUCUCGUGGCUUCAAGAUCCCCGCUGGCACCUAUGUAGUGUUCUUGAUGUCGGGUAUGACGGUUUUCAUCGUAUUCUACGACCGUGUCCUUGUCCCGUCGCUCAGAAGAGUGACGGGGCUAGACAAUGGUAUAACACUCUUACAAAGAAUCGGAGCAGGCAUUUUCUUUGCGUUUUUGAGUUUGUUUGUCUCUGGGUUCGUAGAGGCACGGAGAAGAACCAUUGCACUUACAAAACCAACUCUCGGGAUCGAGCCUCGAGCUGGAGAAAUCUCAUCAAUGUCAGCAAUGUGGUUGGUUCCGCAGCUGGUGCUUGCAGGGAUAGGAGAAGCUUUUGCAGCUAUUGGACAAAUGGAGUUUUACUACAAGCAGUUUCCUGAAAACAUGAAGAGCUUUGCGGGUUCUAUCUUCUAUGUUGGUGCAGGUGUUUCGAGCUACCUCGCUAGCUUCUUGAUCUCGGCUAUUCAUAAAACAACUGAGCAUUCACCAAAGGGGAAUUGGUUAGCUGAGGAUCUGAACAAAGGGAGGCUGGAUUACUUUUAUUUCAUGCUCACAGGAGUCAUGUUUGUUAACAUGUGUUACUUCUUGUUAAUGGCUAAAUUUUAUAGAUACAAAGUCAUUAUUAACGAUGAAGCAAAUUCUGUGAGUGGGAACAAUGUAGGAGAGAUCAAGCCGCAUCAACAACAAGACAAGAACUUUGUCUGAUCUUGAGACUUAAAUUAGUUUGUCUCUAUGUUGUUGUACCUCAUAGAUGAGAUGAAUGUACUUCAUCUUUCUAAACAUGUAUUAUAGAAGAAGAUUCAUGUUGAUAAAUAUCAAACAGUGUAUGACUAUUCUCUUUCGUCUUUCAACACAACAUAGCAGAAGAAACCAUUCAAGGAU